AUAUUUUUCUUAUGAUGAACCGAAAUAAUAAUAACUAUAUUAUAAAAUAAAAUAAAAAAUCAUUUCUGUGAUCUCAGAUUUCUAUAGUUUUCACACAAAAAAACCUAGAUUCGUGCCAAAAACCCUUACAUGAAGAGGAAGGCGUGUGUCGAUUCAGUGAGAGUUGCAGGGUGUGAAUUUUGGGUUUUGGGUAAGUGGGUCUUUGAUCUCUUGGGAUUUAAGGUAGUGGGUUUGAAUCUGAUCUGACUGAGUGACUGAAUGAAAUGAGAGAAGCACUUCCGGGCGUGGCGGAGCAAUGACAAUGGCGGGAGGAGGAGGGUCAUUGGGUUUGGGGAUUCGUUCGGGGAGUUAUGGCUCUUUGGAUAAACAGCUUCAGAACGGAGUAGUAAUUCCCAUACAAGCUUCACGCAAGCCUUCCAAGAUGCUCAAGGAGAGAGAGACUAUAUUCCAUUGGAUCUGCAAGUUUGCCGGCCGCAAAAAGGUCGGAAUGCUCCUCCUCUGUCUCAUCUCCGCGGCCGUUUUCGUCUGGGUUUUGUACGUCGGAAAAGGUGAAGAUUCACAAAAUGACCAUGUUCAGAUAAUUUCUUUGAACAAUUCGAUGGCUUUAAGUUUGGCUCAAUCUUCACCCCCAUAUGAAGAACAAACAAACAACACUACUUCUUCUUCUUCUCAAUCGAAUAACCCAAUCCCAGUAGUGAAUCCGAGCAUGGUUUUUCCACCUCCUCCUCCUGCUGUUUUUCUGGGCUAUACUCUUCCUCCAGGACAUCCUUGUAAUAGUUUCACUUUGCCUCCUCCACCAGCUGAUAAGAAAAGAACUGGACCACGGCCUUGUCCGGUAUGUUACCUUCCUGUGGAAGAAGCGGUGGCUUUAAUGCCAAAGGUACCCUCACCAUCUCCGGUUCUUAAGAAUUUGACUUACAUUUAUGAAGAAAACUUAUCUAGAGAAACAGAAUUUGGGGGCUCAGAGUUUGGUGGCUAUCCUACUUUAGCUCAAAGGACUGAUUCUUAUGAUAUAAGAGAGUCAAUGAGCAUGCACUGUGGAUUUGUCCGUGGAAUUAAACCUGGUGGCAAUACGGGAUUUGAUAUAGAUGACACUGAUCUCCUUGCUAUGGAACAAUGUCAAGGUGUUGUUGUUGCAUCCGCUAUAUUUGGCAAUUUUGAUGAAAUAAAUCAGCCUAAGAACAUUAGUGAAUAUUCCAAGGAGACUGUUUGCUUCUUCAUGUUCAUAGAUGAAGUGACAGAAGCUUAUGUGAAGACUGCUGGUACCAUGGACAGCAAUAGGAAAAUUGGGAUAUGGAGAGUCAUCGUCGUACGUAACCUUCCUUAUCCGGAUGGCAGGCGCACAGGAAAGAUUCCCAAGCUUUUAAUGCAUAGGCUGUUUCCCAAUGCUCGCUUUUCCUUGUGGGUUGAUGGAAAGCUUGAGCUCGUGGUCGAUCCAUACCAAGUUCUUGAAAGGUUCUUGUGGAGGAAAAAUGUAUCAUUUGCAAUAUCUAAACAUUAUAAACGCUUUGAUGUAUUUGUCGAAGCUGAGGCAAAUAAAGCUGCUGGAAAAUAUGAUAAUGCAUCCAUAGACUUUCAGGUUGAUUUCUACAGAAAGGAGGGUUUGACCCCAUACACUGAGGAAAAGCUUCCCAUUACAAGUGAUGUUCCUGAAGGAUGUGUUAUAAUAAGGGAGCAUAUUCCUAUCAGCAAUCUGUUUACUUGUCUUUGGUUCAAUGAAGUUGAUCGAUUUACCUCCAGGGAUCAAAUUAGUUUUUCCACUGUAAGGGACAAGAUCAAGGCAAAAACAAAUUACAGUAUCAACAUGUUCCUGGACUGUGAGAGGCGCAACUUUGUUGUACAGAAAUAUCAUAGAGAGGUCAUGGAGCAGCUCUUGGCUGCUCAUGCACCUCCUCCACCAACACCAACACCAACACCACCACCGUCGCCGCCGCCACCUGCUCCAAUCAAUGAACCACCAAUGUCAUUACUCGAAACAUCCUCAGAAAAUGAAAAUGUUGUAAAUGUCCCAGUUCGAAGGGUCACAACACGGCGUGGGAGAGAUCGGAGGUCUGGCUCCAAACGGCACCGGAAAGUUGCUGCCGGUGGUGGUGGUGGUGGUGGUAGAGAGAUAAUUUCUAGUUAAGAAAAUAAAAGAAGUUUUGUUCAAGCAAAUUACAUUGAUUUUUUAAUACCACUCCUGGUUGAAAUCAUUCUCUGUGGAGGGGAGGGGGUGGAGGAUUUAUGCAAAGGUGAGAGUGAUUGAGUGAUGCUAAUUUUGCUUCCACAUGAGAACAUGGUUUCUCUCAUUCUUUUCUUUUUCUACUCUAGAAAAUGGUCAUUUUUUCUUGUAUAUAUUAAGUUAUAAAUCCUAAAUAAUAAUAAUAAUAAUAAUUUAUAACAUGGGUUGCUGCCAAAUGUUUGUUUCAUGUGGUGGCCCAUUUUGUUGAUCUUCACACCAUGAUACCAUCUAUUGUAUUGGACAAGGAACCAAGUUAUAAAGCUAUAUUGAUCUAUUUUGCUCUGCA